CCGGCCAAUGACGAUCGAGAUAGCUCCUUGUCGCAAACAGCACUUGACCGCAUCAACCAACUCCAUUGCCAUCCCUCGAGCUAUACGGAUCUUAUUUAUUUAGAGCCUUUGGCAAGCCAGAGCCAGAACAGAGCCAGGAUGGCAUCUUCCAUUCCUCUGCAGAUUGCAGAGACAAUCCAGACCGCACACAUCAACCGGGAUCCUUCGUCCCAGCACGAUAUCAACCCCUCGACAGCUGCAUCGAGGAAAGAGCCUGUCACACUCGAAGAACAUCCCAUCAGCGACCUUCACGACGAGGGGAUUGACGAGGGUGAUGAGGACGAGGAUGAAAUCCCCUAUAGCGUGGUGAGGCCGAAGCGACGGACCUCCCAUCUGCCCCCUCUACCAGAUCUCCGCUUCGAGCAGAGCUACCUACACAGCAUUUCCCAGGCAAGCAGCUGGUGGAGGAUAGCGUGGAUCACAACGCGGGACCAGGUUAUGAUGCCGUUUGCUCAAGGCAUAAUAUACAAUCUCGGGAUAUGUGGAUGGCAGUAUUGGAAUAGGAAUGCCCGCCUGAGCGGCAACACCGUCGGGGCCAAAGUAAGGAGAUGGUGGUGGGGCGUCAACAACUGGCCGAUAUCGUCUGGGACAUCGAGGGCUGUGCGGCGGUAAUGGCAAGGUCGUCGAGCUGGCAACCAACACUACGAAGGCGUUGGGUCUGGCAGAUAUACCACACCUACCUAGCCUUUUCAGAUUUAAGGCGAGGCGUGGCAUAUUAUUUGCGUCACUGUCAUUGUCAUUGUAAUUGUGAUAUGGGGGAUCAAAAGCUACCUAGAGCCGGUGUGGGAAUUAAACCCCCAUUGUCCUUCAUACAGGUCGAUCAUGAUAGAUCAUUGCUCUAGAAGCCACACGAAACCAUUCCGCUGCUCCUAAAGUCUCGC